UAUUUCGCAGUACUGUAAAAACACCAUACGUUAUCUCUAGAGUUUUCCGUACAAUAAUUUGUAUUGAUAAAACAUAACCAAAAAAUACUGAUUCGAUUUUUAUUUUUCAUCAUCAUUCAGCCUUGAAUUUUUUAAUUGAUUUUUAGGUACAUUCAGUUUAUAUCGCUGUAUGUUUUACCAUUGAUGAACAAAAACUUCAACUAUUAAGGGACUUUUGUGUGGGGUUUAUGGUCACGACUUUACGCGUCAAAUACGGAUGCUUAGACCAGCAUAAUCAUUGAACGCCUACUGUCAUAACCUUAUUAUUGAAGAAUCAGAUAUUUGUGAACUGUUAGUUACCUUCAGAAACGAAAAUGUUCAGUUUAGAGGGCGAUGAUAAAGCCAAUAGAGGAAUGUUGAAUAGUUUUCCAUCAGUUCCGUCUCCAUAUUUAAACUAUGACCCUCAACUUCUACCUCAGUCAUCUCAGCCAGAAUAUAUAUUUCUGGAAGGAGCUGGUUCCAAGCAACGUGGACGCUUUGAAUUGUCAUUCACUGAAAUUGGUACAUCAUGUUUGAUUGGUGCUACAAUUGGUGGUAUACGUGGAAUAUACAGUGGUAUAAAAAUGACAUCAAUGGAAAACCAAACUAGUACAUACAAUAGAACACAGAUCUUAAAUAAUGUUUUUAAAAAUGGAGCACGUCUGUCUAAUACAUUUGGAACAUUAUCUGUAUACUAUAGUAUCUUUGGUAUCAUAUUAGAAAAGACCCGGGGAUGUGAAGAUGAGCUUAAUACUAUCGUGGCAGGAACAAGCACUGGACUUUUAUACAAAGCAACAAGUGGCCUUAGAAGGUGUGGCAUUGGUGGUUUGAUUGGAUUUAGUCUUGCUACGGCAUUCAGUUUAAUUACAUCAAGGGACAAAAUUAAAGAAAUGGGAAGAAACGUAUUUCAUUCCUAAAAAUGUUUACCAAAAUAAAAUGUUCGCAAAAAUAAAUGUUCAUAAUAGUUUUUUAGAUAUACAAUGUAAUGCCUUUUGAUUGGUGAAAACUAUUAACUUAUUUGGAGUCCUGUCCUGAUAAAAUUUAUUGAAUUAUAAUUAAAAAAUAUUUGUAUGUGUAUAACGUAGAUAUUUUAAUAACUACAUUUUAAAUUUGUUAAUUUAAUUGGUUUUCAAUAUAAUUUCUGUUGUAGUUCUGAUAAAUUUAUCAAAUCCUCUAGUUUAAAAAAACAGUUAGCAAAAAUAAAUUUGUCUUGAUGUUGAAAAGUAUAAAAUGUAAUUCAUCCACCUUAUUCUAUUAUAAAAUUAUCAGUUAGUUACUAAGGGAUAUUCUGAACCUUAUGUUUAUUUGACUAAUUGAUUUGCUGUUCGUCUAGUGUUAAUUUUAGUGACUGAUGUAAUUGUUAUUUGUAUAUAUUUUAUCUGGAAAGAUUAGAAAAGUUUAGAUAUUUUGUUUGUAGUUUUAUUAAUUUAUAACAUGUUUGUUGGUUAUAAUAAAAAAGAAAUAGUAUUA